AUGUUCAGAAGUGAUCAGAUAAUAUUUGCAUCCGAUUUCAAUAUCACCAGGCUUUUGGUACCAGCGAAUGGUAACAAAUACGUUACUACCGAAAUGUCCGAUAUACCAUCAAUAUUCUUCACCAUAUCCGAUCCUAAAUUAGAAGGCGGAAGUUGUAUUUAUGUGCUAGAAGGUUUCGCUGCUUACGAAGUUCUCGAAGGAGGUCGUGACGCAACAGCUGAUUACACUCACGACGCCACAAUAUUUUUCGGUACGAAAGAAGGUAUAUACAAAUAUUACCCUGAUUCACUUUCCGCUAAGAAAUAUGGCCCGUUUCGCGAUGAUAUUAUACAAUUGCAAAAAGCUAAUGGUACAGACGCUAUAUACAUAUUGAAUACCGAAAACAGAAUAUUUAAAAUUCAAAAGAAUGGUACUGUCAGAACAAGAAUACGUAGUAUAACAUGCGCCUCAGAAUUUGUUCUGGAUACUUCUAAUAAUAUUUACUAUUUAGCGUGUGACGAUCAUAUGCCACAUAUUGUGAAUGCUGAUGGGAGUCUCAUUUCUGUAACAGCUAGUGUUACAGAAGAUUUUAAAGAAGUUAAGUUACUUAGGCCACCUUUCAUAAUGGAGAAUGGUAUACCUUUCUUUGCUGAUGGUAAUUUAUACAUACUAUACGCGAACGGUACGAGUGAAAAGAAAGAUUUCUACUUAGAGGAGAAACCGUCCGCUUUUAGUAUCGAUGCGGCUUUGUAUCUGGUAGCUGCGAUUGAUGGUAAGAUAUAUGAAUUUAACGUCAUUGAGGUCCUCUUGAGAUCCAUGUUCGGAAUGUCCCCAGAGUGGCCAAAAGAUGUAACUAAAAUGGUUAUGUCCAUCAUUGACGCUACAAAAGAGAACAUGAACGGCUUUUACGAUAAAGGAAUGACUAGUUUAAUUUAA